UGGAACGGCAGACUUGCUGGAGGAUCGCCAAAUCUUCUCGGGAACCCUGCCACAAUCGAGAGAGAUGAAGAAAGCGCGAGGGAGAAGAGGGGAAAGGAAAAAACCCAUGCCUGCAGUGGAGAGACUUGGCAGGGUUUCCUCUCUUUUGUCUGUCUGGUUUAGGGCUGCAGCGCCAGAGGAAAUCAAGAGACGUCCAGGCAUGGAGGUGGUGGACGGGGACAAGCCCUGCCUCGGCUCUGAAAACACGACAAAAACAACAUACUUUGGACUGAAAACUGAAUGGGAACCAAAUACAAAAGAAGACGUUUUCUUCUUUCACACGAAAUUCCGUAUUGGAGCUAUCGGACCAAACCAAGUUUCAAAGGCGAAGUGUCUGCUGUAACCAGAAUAUGGACAGUUACAUGUCUCUGAACUGGGCAAAGACGGAUGCUGCUGAGAGUCCAAUCAGGGUCAGCGAAGGCCAACCUUAAAACAAGAGAAACAUGAUGUGAAUGGAAACAGAACUGUUCCACCUUUUCCAGAAGGAACCCAGAUGGUCGUGUUUGGAAUGGGCUGUUUCUGGGGAGCAGAGAGGAAGUUCUGGACACAGAAAGGAGUUUAUUCCACCCAGGUGGGCUACUGUGGAGGGUAUACACCUAACCCCACAUACAAGGAGGUGUGCACAGGCAGGACGGGACACACCGAGGUGGUUCGGGUUGUUUUCCAUCCAGAUCGGAUCAGUUUCUCCAGUCUUCUCAGAGUCUUCUGGGAAAGCCACGACCCGACUCAAGGAAUGCGUCAGGGGAACGAUGUCGGGACGACGUACCGCUCUGCUAUCUACACCUACACACAGCAGCAGCUCCAGGAAGCUUUGGCCUCCAAAGAUCAGUACGAGAAGGUUCUGACUGAGGACGGGUUUGGCCCGAUUACAACAGAGAUUACUGAAGCCAAACCCUUUUAUUAUGCUGAGGACUACCACCAACAGUACCUGAGCAAGAACCCAGAUGGGUACUGUGGCCUGAGAGGGACCGGCAUCUCCUGUCCAGUGGAACUCGGCAGGACGACCCAAUAGGUCAUAAUUUACUCCAACCACAGAUUAAACUUGAAAAUGAGUUUUACUGCAGAGCAACAAGAGAAAUGAAUUCAGGUUAAAACAUUUCCAAAACGCCAUGAUUUAAAGGGAGACUAGGCAGUUUUAGCUUGCUUUUAGCACCCCCUAAUGUCUGCUAGUAAAACCAAAAGUGGCACUUAUCUUUUCGCUGUGCGUUUGCCUUUUUAUGACCUUAAUCUUACAGCUGAGAUGUCUCCCAGCCUUCAUUAGUGUCUGCAGGAGUGGUUCAUCACUAAAUCACACAAACUAGCUGUGUUCAUGGUCUCAAUGUUUAGGAAGCAGGCUGCUGCACCAGGUUUGUCAGCCCCACUUCACUAAGUCCCACAGAGACAGGACCGGCACUCUGAAGUUGCAAGUGCGGUAUUGGGCGGUAGGGGUCUGAGUGACUUCACUUUAAUCCUGUAAAGGGUUGUUUUAGCACAUACUGGCUCGAGAAAAUGAUUUAAAAAUAUGAAAAAGUUGCAAAGUGUGGCUUUAAAACCUUAAAUCUGUUUUAUUUUUUAGUUCAAACAUUUUCGUGGAUUAUUUUAAUGAAGAAACAGAUGCAGUUUAUGUGUGAAUAAAACAGCUUUUAAAAUGUGA